AUGAAUUUUUUUGAGGGGCGCCGUAAGGCAGGACACGUCCGCGAAUGCAUAUCGCCACAUUCGAGUCCGACUUUCUGUGUGAAGAAAGCCACCGGCGGUUGGCGCAUCGUGCAUGCUUUUAACAAGUUGAAUGACGCCACGAUCCCGGCUCAAACACCAAUUCCUCGGAAAGACAUGGUACUGGAUACCAUGUCCGGCAGCGAGAUUUUUAGCGCCAUAGACCUGACAGACGGGUUUUACCAGAUUUUAAUGAGGGACAGUGAUAUCCCGUUCACCGCUGUCAGCACACCGAGUGGGAUGCUUUGGGAGUGGCUAGUCAUGCCACAAGGCCUUAAGAACGCUCCAGCAACGUUCAACCGGAUGGUGACACGAGUGCUUCGGCCACUACGUGAUUUCGCUCCAAGUUAUUUCGACGAUAUUUUUGUUCACAGCCGCGCUGAGCAACAACUCAGCGCUACGGAGGUCCACCUUCGGCAUUUGAAACAGGUGUUCCAAGUGAUGCGCGAGAACAAACUGUACGCAAAUUUAAAGAAGUGUGUCUUCUGUGCUCCCGAGAUUCCAGUUCUUGGAUGCUUUGUUAGCAAGGAGGGUGUCCGUGCUGAACCCGAGAAAGUGUCAUCGAUAUGUUCAUGGCCUACGCCCAGGAACCAAACGGAACUACGCCAAUGGCUUGGCUUGGCCAAUUACUUGCAUAAGUAUACGAAGAACUAUGCAGAACUAAUCCAGCCACUAUCGACUCUACUGAAGAAAGACGCAGUUUGGUCAUGGAAAGCUGAACAUCACUCUGCCUUCAACUCUGUGAAAAAGAGCUUGUCUGAAGCACCAGUGCUGAUGUUGCCUGAUGAUUCCAAGCCAUUUCACGUCGUCUGUGAUGCGAGUGUUUUUGCUAUUGAAUGUGCCCUCAUGCAGUUUGACGAUGAGGGCCGAGAGCGCGUCGUGAGCUUUCAGUCACGACAGAUGAAACCCGCAGAGAGGAACUAUCCGGUACAUGACAAGGAACUUUUGGCUAUGCGUUACGCGCUGAUCAAGUUCAGAGUAUAUUUGCUCGGCGAGAAGAUGUUUUCGGUCUUAACAGAUCACGCAUCAUUGCGAACCGCCGUCAAGACUCCCCACUUGUCCCAGCGUAUGGCACGUUGGUUGUCAUACUUCUCAGAGUAUAAUUUUGUGGUCUUUUACAAACCCGGCAAGAACAACAUUCUUGCUGACGCGCUUUCUCGACGUCCCGAUUAUGAUCCUCGACGUGACAUGGGUCAUCAGCCAGGCAUUGCUGAAGACGAGGACGACGACAUUUGUUUAUGCUGUGCUGAGCAGGGGCUCAAUACAAUGAUUUCGACACCUGAGCUGUCAAUCCGGACUCAAAUCGCUGAGUCAUAUGCGAACGAUUCAUUCUACACGGGAAUCAUCAAUUAUCUUCGACACCCUAGUGAGGGUUCACUCGCGAAGUUGACGAAACCAACGCGUGACAACAUCAAGCGGUACGCGCUUGAUGGUCCGCUGCUGACUUAUACAAUGGACGUUUUCGACCCACCGCGCGUCGUCAUCCCUGCUAAUGACGACCUCCGCGCACGAUUGGUGCAUGAAUUUCAUGACACUCCAACUGGUGGUCAUUUGGGUCGCGAGAAGACGUUCGCGGCCAUCUCUCGUGUGUUUUUCUGGCCGCGUAUGUACAAAUACAUCCAGAAAUGGGUACGCUCUUGUGAAAUAUGCCAGCGUGUGAAGCCUGCGCCGUCUUCACAAGCUCCAUUGCGUCCGCUUCCGAUUUCCACGGAAGCCUGGCGUUCGGUCAGCAUGGAUUUCAUCUUUGGUCUCCCUCCGGACGAACAGAAACGCACGGGCGUAUUGGUUUUUGUGGAUCGAUUUAGCAAAAUGGUGCAUUUUGCUCCAGUCUACGCGCACGUUACGGCGGAGACGACCGCGCAGAUCUUCAUCGAUCUCAUAUUUCGACAUCACGGCUUGCCUGAAUCAAUUGUUUCUGACCGCGACCCGCGCUUUACAUCAGCUUUUUGGGCAAUGUUGUUUCAACUAUUGGGCACGCGACUGCUUAUGUCUACGGCAGCCCAUCCAGAGACGGAUGGGCAAACGGAGCGCGUGAACAGAGUGCUUGAAGAUGUACUACGCAGUUAUGCGACAUCGUUAUAG